AUGCAGGUCACCGAGCUCUCCGACGCGAGCCGCGUCUCCCCCGCGGCGCUGGCGGCGCUUGCUGCCGACGCCGACUUGCCCAUGUGCGCGACCUGCGCUACGCAAUAUCCUGCCCCGCGCCGCAAUUGCCCCGUCUGUGACGAUCCGCGUCAGUACGUGCCCGGCUCAGGCCAGGCGUGGACGACUCUCGGCAAGUUGAUUGAAGAGGGUCGCAAGAAUAUCGUCAUGCAGGACAAGGAGGACGAGAGGAUCAAGCUCCUGGGCACAGUCCCUUCGUUUGCCAUCUCCCAGAGCCCCUUCCUCAUUGAGACUAACGGCGGGUCGUAUAUCUGGGACUGCAUGGGAACACUCACGCCCGCGCUCGUCGACUACCUGACUCACUUGAAGACGCCUCUAAAGGCCAUGGCAAUCUCGCACCCUCACUUCUUCAGCACGUCGUUGACCUGGUCGCGGGUCCUCGGCGUCUCCCUAUUUAUCAACAGCGAGGACCGACACUGGUAUCAGCGCGACGACGACCUCAAGCCCACGGACAAGGUCAAGUUCUGGAAUGGCAAACAGGACAUUGGGCCCGGCGUGACCCUCGUUCAGUGUGGCGGACACUUUCCAGGCUCGUCUGUCCUGUUCUGGGAUCGCGCUGCCGAGCCCGCCGGCGCGAAGAGUGCCGACGGAUCCGCCCCGGCCCCGACGAACGGCCUCCUCCUCACGGCCGACACGAUCAUGGUCCAGCCCACCCAGAAGGGCUUCACGUUCAUGUGGAGCUACCCCAACAUGGUGCCGCUCGAACCGAUUGAAAUGCUCAAAGUGGUGCAGUCCAUCCAGCACCUGGACUAUGGGGCCGUGUCGUCGGCGUGGCCUGACCGGUUUGUGCGGCACGACGCCAAGAAGCAGAUGCUCGAGAGCGUCGCCGUGUACCUCGACCAGACGGGGUGGGAGCAAGACGACACCGAGCACGGCGCGCUCAGGCCCAAGGCGACGGGGCGGGGCAGGUUCCUCGCUGGGUAG